CUUCACUUUCUUCCCACUCUGAUUUCUGUAACCGGAGACCUGCAGUACUACUAGAUGAAGUUCGGGAAGUGGCUCAGGCAGCAAAUGCAGGAGACGUUGCCGAGCUGGCGUGACAAGUUCUUGUCAUACGAUCACUUGAAGAAGCUUGUGAGGCUGAUUUCUGCGGCUCCGGCGGUGUUGACUGGGAAGUCCGGUAAGGCGAAGGCGCAGUUUCUGUACCUAUUGAACAAUGAGAUCGACAAGUUCAACACCUUCUUCAUGGAACGGGAGGAGGACUUCAUUAUCCGGAACGAGGAACUGCAGAAGAGAAUUAAAAGAGUAAGUGAUACAUGGGGACCGAAUGGUUGUCAUCCUUCAAAGAUUAUAUAUGAAAAUGAAGUGAGAAAGCUUAGAAAAGACAUUGUUGAUUUACACGGUGAAAUGGUGCUCUUGGUCAACUACAGCAAUGUUAAUUACACAGGACUGGCCAAAAUACUGAAGAAGUAUGACAAGCAAACAGGAGCUCUGCUGCGCUUGCCAUUCAUCCAAGAAAUACUAGAGCAGCCCUUCUUCACCACUGAUCUGAUCUCAAAGCUUGUCAAGGAAUGUGAAGGAACCAUUAAUGCGGUAUUCCUGAUGGGGGAAGAAGAAGAGAGAAACAGAGAAGUAAAUGAAGGGACAGCAGUUGCCGCCGGGGAUGGAAUAUAUAGAAACACAGUUGUUGCUCUAUUGACAUUGCAAGAAAUCAGAAGAACAAGCUCUACUUACAGUCAUCAUUCUCUACCACCGAUCAACUUGCCUGCAGACUUCAAUCUCAUCCAGCUAGUCGUCCAACUCAACCCUCCGAUAUCAAUAAUCUUAUGAGAGCUAGCUAUAAUUCUAGCGAGUUGUUAAGCAAACAGAGUGACAGACUGGAGAUAUACAUAUAGCAUCAUACAUAUCGUUUAUUUAUUCAGGAUAUAUACAUAUAUAGCACUACUUCAAGUCUUCAAGACCGGAAUGUGUCACAACAUCCAUUUACGUAUUGU